GCUCCACAUCUCAGUGCUUAGUAGCUUCUCUGCUGUGGCGCGCAACGGUUGUCUCUCGGCGUGGGUGAUCGGCAAACGGACCGACAGACUGCAGAGCAGAAUAAAGUCAACCGCACUCGACCCACAAAAGCCGCAAGGUGAACGAAUCGGACACAGCGCUGGUAAUCUGAGCUCUCAACUCGAAGGCAACAGAAACAGUAACGAAAGGGAGGCUGUGAGGCGUAGUUUAGUUAACUUCGUUUAGGUUGAGCAGCGGUCAAAGCACCUGGAAAAUGUUCCGCGCCACGGAAAUCGGCAGCGAAGAAACAUUGCCUGCAAUUGCGGAACUCACCCAGACGACGGCUACUUCGUUAUCUGAUUUUGGGGAGCACGAGAAGCUGAGAAAGCCGCGCAUCUCAUUGCCCAACUAUGGCUUUGCACCCAUAUCUAACAUACGACUCGAGUACAAAUAUCCACGUGCCGUCUGCUUUAUACUGGCCACCAAAUUCUUCGAGGCCUUUGCAGCUAACGGCAUGCGCACCAUCCUCGUGCUCUUUUUGCGCGAUGAUCUCAGCUUUACGGAGAGUUUCUCCACGAUUGUGUUGCACAUUUUCAACUUCUUUGGACAGUUCUGUCCGAUUAUUGGAGCUAUACUGGCGGACAGCUAUAUGGGCAAUGUGCGCACCAUAUCGGGCUUCAGCUUUCUCUACGGCUUUGGCUGGCUACUGCUGACGAUGACAUCGGUGCCGUUGGUUGGCCUGUCCACGACAGCUUUUUUGUUGGUCUCGAUCUCCUUCAUAGCUGUGGGAAAUGGAUCUGUGCGCGCCUGCAUCACAUCGCUGGGUGCGCUGCAGUUCAAGCUGCCGGAGCAGGCUGUCCAUUUGGCCGAGUACUUCUCCUUCUAUUACUUCGUCUAUUAUUUUGGCAUAUUCUUGAGCAAAAUUGUCCCGCCGCUGAUAAGAGCCAAUACGCAGUGCUUCGAUAAGACGACAUGCUAUCCAGCUGUGUUUGGCACGCUAGGCAGCUCCUUCAUGGUGGCAUGGAUCAUAUUUUUGAUUGGCAAAUGCUUUUACAAAAAGGAAAAACUAUUCGGGGACAAUAUACUCUUCAAGUACUGUGGCUGCAUCAAGACGGCACUGGUCGAGAAGUGGAAACAUCGCAGAUCCGCCAAGCGAUGUAGCUAUUGGCUGCACAAUGCCAUUGGGCCAUACGACGUGAAUUUUGUGAAUGAUGUAUCCAAGGUGUUGCGUAUCACCAAGUUGUUCAUUCCAUUGCCCGUUUACUUUGCGCUGCUCGCACAGCAGGACUCCAGCUGGACCUUCCAGGCAACCAUGAUGAAUACAACAGUGCUAGGCAUCAAAAUUGAGCCGGAUCAAGCUAAAGCCGUGGGCCCGAUCUUCCUCUUCAUGCUCAUUCCUCUUUGGCAAUAUGUGACCGUUCCACUUUUGCGGCGACUGUUCCAUUGGGAGCUGAAGCCGCUGCACAGCGUCACCCUCGGCGGCAUAUGUUCAGCUGCUGCCUUUCUCUGCGCCGGCAUUCUACAAGAUCGCAUCAUGCAAUCGCCUGGUCAGAGCAUCAACAUUGUCUGGCAGCUCCCUCAGUUCCUGCUGCUUAUGAUGGGCGAAUUGCUGUUGUCCAUUCCGGGCCUGCAGUUUGCCUUCACCCAGGCGCCGUCAUCCAUGAAAUCUGUGGUCACAGCCGCUUGGUUCUUAAACAAUGCCUUUGGCAAUCUUAUCGUGGUGAUAAUUACUCAACUUGAUGCUAUGAGUUCCCAAAAGGCCGAGUAUCUGUUCUAUGCCGUGCUAAUGCUAAUCUGCAUUAUCAUUUUCACCCUGCUGGCCUACGAGUAUGGACUGCAGGAGCUCAAGAGCGAUAUGCAGGCAAGAGAUUUGGUUGUUCUGCUGCCCAAUGCGACCGACAAUGGUCCCAGCCCCAGUAGCCGGAGCGGAAGUGUGUAGUUAUGUCU